GAGUGAGAACGAGUGAGAUGAUGAGAAAGAAGAGGGGAGGGAACGGACGGACGGUCACGUGCACGUUGAGCGAGUCUCUCAUCACAACGACCUUCAGUUCAUCGCCGAACGUUCCUCGUACGAGUAGGGUAAUUUACUUGCUUCUAACCGGCACUAACAUAACCUUAACAAAUUCUUUGAUAUAUCCGUUCUUCAUUUCAAAGUGUCUGCUGUUACUAUGAUCACAGAUAGAACGAGACUCGCUUAUGUUACUGCAGCCGCAGUUGGCGCCGGUACAGCAGUUUUCUUUAUUUGGUGGUGGUGGAGUCGCAAACAGAAGUAUCAGGCACCUUCGAAAUGGAGAAAGGUCGGUGAACUUAGCGAUCUCGCUACAUAUCCGGUGAAAUCAUUGGGCCCAAUUAGAUACACGACGAUGGAGUGUACUAUGUUGGGCCUUAGAGUGGGAUGGUUACGCGAUCGGACGUUAAUGGUUAUCGAUCUUGAUGGAAACUUUGUCACUGGUAGACAAUUACCAAAAAUGGUUCAGGUAUCACCAAGCAUUACGGGUUCGGUGUUAACCUUGAAUGCUCCAGGAAUGAUGUCGGUGUCAAUAGAUCUUGCUUGUAUUAGAGGAAAAAGUUUUCGUGCUGCGGUAUGGGGUCAAGCAGUAGCUGCUUGCGAUUGUGGAGAAGAAGCAGCCAGAUGGUUGUCACGUUUUCUUCUUCAGGAAGAUACCGGUCUUCGUUUGGUUUAUUAUCCGUUAGAACGGCCAUCGAGAGAAAUAAGAGAGAAGAACAGGGUCUUUCCUUUGACCGAGACUAUAGAUACCGGCGCUUAUCCAGAUGCUACGAGCUAUAGUCUCAUAAACGAGUCCUCUGUAACGGAUUUAAAUUCUCGAUUGGAAGAACCGGUAACACCGUCGAACUUUCGAGCAAAUUUUGUCGUUAAAGGAGCUAUCGCCUUGGAAGAAGAUAUUUGGGAUUGGGUUAAGAUCGGAGAUGUGAUUUUUAGAAACAUUAAGCCUUGCACAAGGUGUAUAUUUACCACGGUUGAUCCUGAAACGGGUAAAAAAAAUCCGAAGGUCGAACCUUUAAAGACAUUGAAAAGCUAUAGACAGAUCAUGGAUCCGGAUAUUCGUCCUUUUACUGGGGAUUGUCCAGUCAUGGGAAUUCAUCUUGGUUUGAGAGGACCAAAUGGCACCGUACGUUUGGGCGAUGCAGUUUAUGUUGGCAUUCCGAACGAGGAAGAAACCCCUGUAAUAUCGCCUCCAUAGCUACACCGAUGGGCCUCCUGUGAGGAUGAAAUUAUUUUUGACGAAGUGAAUUCUCUCGUUGGAGACCAUAGAACGUGACAUGUUCACAUUGGGGAGAUAUAAAAAAAAAUUAUAUCCAACAUGUUGUUCCUCUCCGAACUUCGAAAUAGAUUCUACAAAGCUACGUACUUAUUAAGAUUAGCGAUAAUAUUAAGAAAAGAUUUUUCGAAUAAUAUUUUCACCAUAAUCGUGUCGACAAAAUUCGGCAUAAUCAAGAGUAUACGUACGGACAAUUCAUAAAAAAUUUCUUUGCUAA